UUCACUAAAAGCAAUUUACACAUCUUGGCAUUUUGGUCAAAUUACUUAUUAUUUCUUGAAGUUGUUUCAAAAUGGAUAUGGUGAUGAAGUUGGGAGCAACAAGCGCGGUGGUGAUUUUCACUAAGAGUAGUUGUUGCAUUUCUCACAGUAUUGAAACCUUAAUCCGUAGUUUUGGAGCCAACACUAGUGUUUACGAGCUCGAUACACAUCCAAAUGGGAAGCAAAUGGAGAAGGCAUUGAUGGAACUAGGAUGUCAACCAAGUGUGCCAGCAAUAUUUAUAGGGAAAGAGUUAGUUGGUGGUGCUAAUGAGAUAAUGAGCCUUACUGUGAGGGGUAAGCUUAAACAAUUGCUCAUUAGGGCUAAUGCCAUUUGGGUAUAGAAAUUAAUUAAUAAUGACUAGCUAUGUAAUAUAAUAUAGCAAGUCUAGGAAAAUUUUGAUAAUAAAUUUACCACUUAUAGAGCCUUUUUGUUUUCUCUCACAUUUUGCUUCUUGAUGCAUAC